CGAUAUCGAUCAGGACGCCAUUUUGAAUCCGGGAAAAAAAGAUUCCAUUUUAGCAGCAUUUCUAAAGUAAACUCCAUAAAUGAUCCGGUGAUGAAGAGAAGAACUGACCCUCAGGAUAUUUACUAUAACCCAGAAAUAAAGCUGGUCAUGUGUUGUUAUGUUCAUAAACUAUCGUUUGUUUGAAUGUUGCCAUGGCAACAGAGGCACGCGCACGCGAGCGAGCCGCCACGAUGCCUCCAGGUAAGCUGUGGAAGGGACGACCGCUGCAUCAGACCACGCUCUGUCUGGGAGAUCAGACACCCUGUUACUCCACCACACACACCCAGAGUUUCUGUGGAAGGAGAGAUGAUGGCCAGCCGCUGGUCUUCCUCCUGAGAGAUCCAUGUUAUCCCUCACAGCAUCGCCGCGCUCUGGACCUCAGGAAUGUCUUGGACAGUGUCUCCUCCACGCACUCGAGAGACGUCCACAGCCCCAAAGACAUCACACCGCACGAUGUCCUUAGGAGUCUGAGAGACAGGAACUGGACUCGGAACCAUGAAGGUCUGGACAUGAAAGAAGUGACCAAUCCUCCAGGAGACACAGCUUAUAGGAGCUCGUAUCGCUCAGAUCACUGUGCCACUGAGACCAGCGCUCGGUGCCAGCAGGCGUCCGGUCGACCCACUGACUGGCACCGACACAAUGUCCUCACAGGAGAGGAGAGAGCACCGGCAGGUCCUGGGGAGCCGAGAAGGAAAUGUGUGGAGAGGGAGAUGUGUGCUUCUCACCGCUGGGAAGGCGACUGCACCUCGCUGCGGCUGUACUGA